AUGAGAAGCCACAAGCAAGAAGAAGAAAAUUGGUUUGAUGAGUCCUGGGAUACUACAACGGCCAUUGCGGAUACCCCCGAGACUACCACUAUAGUGGACGACAUACUUGUAGCUAGUGACAGCGAAACCCAAUACCUCGAGCACCUGCGGAUACUUUUUGAACGAUUACAGCAGUACGGCAUCGUGAUCAAUCCGGCUAAAUGCAUUUUCGGUGAGCCUGAAGUUCCCUGCCUCAGCCAUCUCGUCUCGAGCGACGGUAUUCGACCAUUACCCGAAAAGACUCAAGCAAUCAUCGACUACCCGCAGCCAGAAACAGCUAAGGAACUGCGCAAGUUUCUCGGUAUGUUAAAUUUUUAUAGAAGUUGCAUACCAGAUUCCGCGAUGACGCAAGCUCUGCUCAACGAAUUGUUGCACGGCAAAAUUAAAGGGAAAACACCAUUAAAAUGGACACCCGCAGCUACCAAAGCUUUCGAGUGUGCGAAGAAAGCUCUAGCAGGCGCGACAUCACUAGCGCAUCCGCGAAUUGGUGCUACACUCGCGCUCGUGUGCGAUGCUUCAGACACGUACGUCGGAGCUGCACUACAACAACAAGUUGGUACUGACUGGGAGCCACUCGGCUUCUUUUCCAAAAAACUUUCACCCACGCAACAAAAAUACAGUGCUUACGACCCAAAAAUCGGACAAAUCAUCAUCGCGCCAAGCUCGACAUCUCGACUACAUCGGUCAAUUCUCGACAGACAUCCGACAUGUUUCCGGAAAAAACAACGUAGUGGCCGAUGCUCUCUUCCGAGUCGAGAUGUGGAAGAAAUCCUUGAUUACCACAAGCUCGCCGACACGCAGAAAGGCGACAAGGAGUUGCAAGCGUUACUGCAGUCAAGCUCUGCGCUACAAUUGAAGCUCGUGCAGAUUCCGAACACAGGUGCACACAUUUAUUGUGACGUUUCCACAGAAAAAACUCGGCCAUUUAUAACGACAGACUUACGGAAAGCAGCAUUUGACAGCAUUCACCGGCUCUCACAUCCAGGAAUAAAAGCGACGGCAAGAGGUGUGAAGAAAAGUUUCAUGUGGCCAUCGAUUGACGCUGACUGUCAAGCUUGGGCAAGAGCUUGCAUUCAGUGUCAAAAAUCAAAAGUAACGCGGCAUGUGUCAUCCCCAACGGGCAUCUUUGCAGCACCUUCAAGGCGUUUUGAACACGUGCAUAUAGACAUCAUCAUACUACCCCACUCCGACGGUCACCGUUACUGCCUAACAUGUGUCGACCGUUUCACACGCUGGCCCGAAGCCUUUCCAAUGGAAAACCAAGAAGCGGAAACAGUGGCUCGUACGUUCUACGAAGGAUGGAUUUGCCGCUACGGUACACCCCUCCGGUUGACCACAGAUCAAGGAAGGCAAUUUGAAUCCGACCUCUUCAAAUCACUCAAUAGAUUGACAGGUACGACUCAUCUGCACACGACUUCGUACCACCCACAAGCCAAAGGUAUGGUAGAGCGCCUUCACCGACAACUAAAAGCUGCAAUCCGCUGUCACGAAAAUUCACAGUGGACACGGGUUUUACCUACGGUGUUACUCGGUAUUCGCUCAGCCUGGAAAGAAGACUUGAAGGCCACUGCUGCAGAGCUCCUAUACGGCGAACCCCUCCGACUCCCAGGUCAGUUCCUUACACCUAGUACAACAAACGAAAGAGACAGCGCAGCCUUCCUACAAGAACUACGUGGAUACAUGCAGCAAUUAAGGUUAUCCGAGCCCAAAAGUCACGGCACAGACAAAACCUUCGUCUUUAAAGACUUGGCAACGGCACAGCAUGUCUUUGUUCGACACGAUGCUGUAAAAAAGGUACUUGAAAUUCCAUACGAUGGUCCAUAUCCCGUCGUAAGCCGUAACGAAAAGUUUUUCGUCGUACACAUAGGCGGCAAGCAAAAAGCGGUAUCAAUCGACCGUUUAAAGCCGGCAUUUGUCAUUAACGAACACCUGACACAUGGAGGAACAAACAUCACCCUUGAACAGCCGUCCAAUCUAGUGAUACCACCGCAACCAGCAGUGCAACGAAUAGAAACACCACCACCUCCGCAAGCACCGAAUAAUCAACCUCAGCAACUUCGCGCGCACUAA